CCAGUUUCUUCCUCGUGUGAGUGUAGGAGGAAGUAGGUCUGAAUAUAUGACUAUUACAUCUAAGCAUUGCUGCACACUUCAGUGACUGUAACUGGCUGGAUGUCCACAAUGGCAGCCACCAGUCUGACCACUGCUUUGACUUUCACCUUGAUGUUAAACACAACAAAUGUGACAUCAUCACCCUGUGUCCGGACAGAGGUGCCAGCCCAUCCUUUCUUCAUUUUUGCCUACUGCCUAGUGUGUAUGGUUAGUUUGGCACUGAACGCCAUCACCAUGCGAGUGUACUUCUGCUCUUCUCAACGGCUCCAGUCCAGCGUCACUGUCUACCUGAAGAACCUGGCUGCAGCUGACUUCUUCCUCUGCCUCUGUUUGCCUUUACGCAUAGCCAACUAUGCCAGCAAGUCUCUAACUAUGAGGCGUAUUUACUGCAAUUUUGGUGCUACAGCUUUCUACUUCAACAUGUAUGCCAGCAUUCUCUUCAUGGAUUACAUUGCUGCAAACAGGUAUCUGAAGAUCGUCCGUCCAGUGGAGACUCAUGCUCUGCAGACAGCCCGUGCUGCACGCUACAUCUCCAUUGCGACAUGGGCUUCCUUAUCAGGAAUGGCAUCUGUUUAUCUUAUCGUCUUCCUCUGUACAUCUUGGACUGUUGACCCAAAUCCAAAUGUCAUUGGCUGUGAGGCCUUACACAGCUAUAAGGUCAACAUGCUUUAUAAGAUCAUUCAUAGCAUUUCUGCAAUCAUCUUUGUGAUCGUUUUGGUGUCCUUGGUCCUGUUGUACUGGGGAACCGUGCGUAGGCUCCAACAAACCCAAAAAGUCCAGGCCAAGCCUUCCAACCGUAAGCUCAACAAGUCAAAGCGCAAUAUGUUAGUGCUAGUGGUGGUCUUCUGUGUGUGCUUUGUGCCUUAUCACUUAGUGAGGCUGCCUUAUGCUUUCCUGAAGCCCCUGCUAAAGCACUGCGCUACAGCUCAGGCAUUUUAUAUUGUGAAGGAACUUACAGUUCUGAUUUCAGUGCUCAAUGCUUGCCUGGACCCGCUGAUAUAUUUUAUCUUCUGCAAGGCCUUCAGAGCCCAACUUGGCAUCAGAAACCGUCAAACUACAUCUAGCUGGAAGCUGAGUCAAGUUCCAGGAGAUAUGAGAAGACAAAGCAACUCAGAUUCAAGGGUCUCUACACUGAGACGUCAAAGUAUCAUUUAAACAAACUGUAUCUGCAUGGACUGGUGACGUAUUGAUUCAUAUGUUAAAAAUUGGAUGGUAUUCAGCAAUAGUCACAAAGAUAUUCUACCAAAGCAUUAUUUACAAUUUCAAUUUCAUAAAUCAUACUUUCAGAAAGGGGCGGCACGGUGACGCAGUGGGUAGCGCUGUCGCCUAACAGCAAGAAGGGCCUGGGUUCAAUUGCCGGCUGGGUGGCCAGGGUAGUUUCUGUGUAGAGUUUGCAUGUUCUCCCCGUGUCUGCGUGGGUUUCCUC